UUUCGGAAGGUAACACUAAAGAGUUUAGCAAGAUAGUAGUUUGACACACAUUAUAAUGUUUAAGACGAGUUGAAAUGUGGCUAUUUAAAUGUAACAGUUAAUGUUCUCAAUGGACAGCCUACUAAACGAAACAGUUAACAGUUUUUUUUAUUUGACCUACAUUUGUUUUGUUUCCAGGGGAAAUCCACAGGUCAGGUAUGAUUAGCUAGCUAAUCCGAGGAGAUAACUAGUUUAAUCCGAGUUUGUUAAUCCUUUUCAGACACGUAUCCUCAGAACACAGUUAAACAGAGGAGGUGGAGGAGGAGUGUCCUACUCCAACGUACGUGAAGAUAAAGACGUCAAGGUUCAAUGAGUAACCCUAACCUACCAGGUUUGGUAGUUGGACGUGUCUCAGACUGUAUGAACACGCAAUUUAACGUAAAGUCACAUUAAUUGCGCCUGAAGGAAUGCGGACUAAACUUGAAGUCGUCCAACGGAAACGUGACGAGGCUGGUGAGAGGGUCAGUCCAGCAGCAGUGGCGCUGAGUGCCAGCAGCGAAGUGCAGCUCCUCAGGGCAUUAAACUUCAACCCAAGUUUGCACAGAGGAAGGAAACGACACGAUGGCACUAUGCGGAAGAAGGAAUCGCAACAAGUUACUUUUUUCCCUCUUUGGUGUCACUUUAUUGGGAUAUCUAGUCUUUUUCAGACACAACUCCGGGGACGUGAGCGUGGAAAAUCGACGAGAGGCCCCCGGGGAGCGAGAAGUGGGGAAUGAAGAGCUGAAGAAACCCGUCUACGAGAGGCCCCCCUUGGAUUUAAAUGCCCUGGGUGAAAUGGGGAGAGCAGUCAAGCUGAAUCUGAACGGAGAGGAGAAAAUAGAAGAGGAGGAAAGCAUCAAAAAGCAUCAGAUUAACACUUAUGUCAGUGAUAAAGUGUCGCUACACCGCAGGCUGGCAGAGAGAUGGAACCCACUUUGCAGAGAGCAGCAGUAUGACUACCGGUCCCUGCCGACAACCUCCGUGGUCAUCGCCUUCUACAACGAGGCCUGGUCAACCCUGUUGAGGACAGUCCACAGCGUGCUGGAGACGUCACCUGACAUCCUGCUGAAAGAGGUGGUGCUGGUGGACGACUACAGCGACAGAGCUCAUCUGAAGGAGCCAUUGGAGAAGUACAUCUCAAGUUUGAGGAAGGUGCGUCUGAUCCGGGCCACCAAGAGGGAGGGGUUGGUGCGGGCCCGGUUGCUCGGGGCAUCCAUUACCUCGGGUGAUGUGCUGACCUUCCUGGACUGUCACUGCGAGUGUCAUGAAGGCUGGUUAGAGCCUCUGCUCCACAGGAUCAAAGAGGAGCCUUCGGCCGUGGUGUGUCCUGUCAUUGAUGUGAUCGACUGGAACACCUUCCAGUAUUUAGGGAACGCUGGUGAACCUCAGAUUGGGGGCUUUGAUUGGCGGUUGGUCUUUACCUGGCACAUUGUCCCAGAAUAUGAACAGAAACGCCGCCGAUCGCCCAUUGAUGUCAUCAGGUCUCCUACUAUGGCAGGUGGUCUGUUUGCUGUGAGCAAGAACUACUUCCAUUACCUGGGGACCUACGACACAGGCAUGGAGGUGUGGGGAGGAGAGAACCUGGAAUUCUCCUUCAGGAUUUGGCAGUGUGGGGGCAGCCUGGAGGUCCACCCAUGCUCCCAUGUGGGUCAUGUGUUCCCUAAAAAGGCCCCUUACUCCCGGAGUAAAGCACUGGCGAACAGCGUGAGAGCUGCUGAGGUCUGGAUGGAUGAAUACAAAGAGGUCUACUACCACCGAAACCCCCACGCACGACUGGAGGCCUUCGGAGACGUGACGGUGCGGAAGAAGCUCCGAGAGAAGCUGGGCUGCAAGAGCUUCAGGUGGUAUCUGGAUAAUGUGUACCCCGACAUUCACGUCCCAGAGGAUCAGCCAGGCAUGUUUGGAAUGCUGAAGAACCGGGGCAAGACCAACUACUGUUUUGACUACAACCCGACAGAUGAACACAUUGUGGUGGGCCAAAGGGUCAUCCUCUACCAGUGUCACGGCAUGGGUCAGAACCAGUUCUUUGAAUACUCGAGGGACGGUGAGAUCCGCUAUAACACCAGGGAACCUGCUGGAUGCGUUGUGGGUGACAACAUCAGCACCUACCUGACUCUGCAGCUGUGUAGAACACGAGGGCAACCUAUAUCUGCGGACCAGAAAUUUGUCUUCAGAGAGGACGGGAGCCUGUACCACGCGGUGAGCCAGAAGUGUGUCGAGGCGGUGGACAAGACAGAAAACGGGACACCAGCCCCCUCACUCCAACACUGCUCCGACAGCCUCCACCAGAAGUGGUUCUUUGAGGAGAGAAUGUAAUUGUAUCAACCCUAGAAUAUAUUUCAAUUUCGUUUUAUUCAGGGCUGACAUCCUGAGGAGGGAUAUGGCUGGAUUGAAAUGCUUUUUUGAUAUGUUUGCUCUGAAAGGAAGCUUCCAUGCUUCCUUCCAAACUUCAACAUUUGCACAUUUUUGUGCCGGCUGGAUUUAAUGGACAAAUUGGGAAAUGACUUUACUUACUUUCUGAAGUACUUUGUAUAUAUAUAUAUAUAUAUAUAUAUAUAUAUGUGUAUAUGUAUA